UUUUAUAUCACCCGAACAAGAUGAAUGCCAGCGACACAGGAGGGAACGUAAACUUUGUCGGGAAUCAAACCGCCGCUCAACUUAUCUGCGGUUUGGCUUAUCGAAACUUUGUGCCACCCGGUGACGAGAUAUGGUGCAGCUGGGCUUGGGACUCCAUCUUAUGUUGGCCUCCGACCAAAGCUUCGACUUCGGCGAGACACAGAUGCCCCAGGGAGAACGGGAUAGACACUACAAAAUUCGUGGAAAAGAGAUGCGGCGAUGACGGUCAAUGGGAGGGCCGCGAAGGGUCGUACGGUAUCCGUGGCGGUUCGUCGUCUCCGGGAAACCCGAGUGUCUCGACCAACGGACCGCAUGGUUGGACGAAUUACACGCCUUGUUUUACACCGGAAAUGCUGCAACUCAUACGCAAGCUGUACAGCGGAAGUGAGGACGCUGCCAAGGUGAAAUUGGACAUCGCUGAGAAGACGAGAACAUUGGAAAUUAUUGGGUUCAGCGUUUCUCUCGCGGCGUUACUGGCGUCCCUCGCUAUUUUUUGUCACUUCAGGAGCCUUAGGAACACCAGAACUCGUAUACACAAAAAUCUAUUCGUGGCGAUGGUCAUACAAGUCGUUAUUCGGCUGACACUUUACAUCGACCAAGCGUUGCUGAGGACGGCUGAAGCCACGGGAGUCACUCGGGGAAUCCAGAAUACGCCUUUUCUUUGCGAGGCGAGCUACGUUCUUUUGGAGUACGCUAGGACCGCUAUGUUCAUGUGGAUGUUCAUCGAGGGUCUCUAUUUGCACAAUGUAAUAACCGUUACCGUAUUCCAGGAGACUUCUUAUUACCGGACGUACCGGUUAGUUGGAUGGGGAUAUCCGGUAUUGAUGACCUUGACAUGGGCUGUUGUAACGGCGUUUUACUAUCGCCCAUCAAAAUGCUGGUGGGGAUACAAUCUGACCUUUUAUUUCUGGAUCCUGGAGGGCCCGAGGCUGGCGGUUAUAUUGCUGAAUUUCCUGUUCCUGUUGAACAUCAUUCGCGUUCUGGUGGUGAAAUUAAGACGGAGCCACACGAGCGAGAUCGAACAAGUUCGGAAAGCAGUCAGAGCAGCGUUGGUUCUACUACCGCUUUUAGGUAUAACGAAUUUGAUUUCAAUGGCGGAAGCACCGCUGGACAAGGCAGUAUGGGCAUUCGCAUUGUGGUCGUACUUGACGCAUUUCCUGACUUCGUUUCAAGGGCUCUUUGUCGCUAGCCUUUAUUGUUUUCUCAACGGUGAGGUAAGACUGGCGCUCGGCAAGGCUAUUACAACAUAUCUUUCUUCGAGGGGAAAUGAUUUCCGAAACAGAAGGCAGUCUCCUUACACCGACUGUCACCCGCAUCGAAUAACAUCGGCAAUUCAAGUGGAGGAAGAUCAUCCGAAGGAUUUACCGAGUCAUGCGAAUUGGACGCGACUUUGUUGUCCAGGAAUCGACAUCCCAGUUCCAGAAGAGCCGGCCGAAACAACCGUCUGACCUUGGUGGAACCGUAGCUUUUGUCUCGGACGUCAAUGGGGUUGACGACAUCGUAUUUAUAACGCGCGAAAUAUCUCCCAAGAAAAUUUGACCGACCGAUGUGAAAAAAAAUAUCGGCCGACAAAUAUAGUUGUGAGAAUAUAAAUAUUAUGUAAAUCGUAUGAAUUUCGAUACUCCGAACAAUAAAUUCCAACGACGGUUAGCGAACCCCCGAGCGAACGACCCUUGCGCAUUUAUUUAACGCAGCACAAAUUCACGCUGGUGAAAAAUUCUUUCUGCUUACACAUCCGCUUAAUUUUAUCCCGCUCACUAGCUAAAAUGCACGGAGUACUUUCCUAAGCGUCAUCGCGACUAAUUUUAUCUCGUCGUCUUUUCACUUCUUUUCUUUUCUCAUUGUUGUUUUACGAAAAUAUGUCUCCUUUCUACUCCUACACGCCAUUUUGGAUGUGAUAUCGAAUGUUAAUCCAGAGAAACCUUGCAUAUUUUCGGACAAGGGCUACUUUUUCAUGCGCGUCGCUACUCUCAAUUAUACAAUGUUAAUAUCCAAUUAAAAUUCCCAUGUGAAUGAAUGGGGUCGAUUAUCUAAGGCUUAUAAAAAUGUGUAUUACAGAGAAAAAAAGAAAAUAGAAAAUUAAUAACGCAGUUCCUAUGAGAUCAGCAGUUACGGCCUUUACUGUAAUUAUAUUCAUACACGCGGCUUAAAAUUAGCGAAACUUGAUUUUUGUAUGUAUGUAUACGUAACAUAUACGUAACGGGAUAGCGUUUUGAAGUGGCUACUGUUCCGCGAUAUCGAUUACGCGGUGGGUCCAUAGCAGAGUGAUAGGGUCGUCGGAGUCUGCAGAACGAUGAAAAGCCGUGGGACGGGGUACGUCACCUUAAAUGGAAGCCUUUUAAACGGGGAAGGAGUUCCUUUAACUUUGACCUCGCGAUCUUGUUCGCAAAUCUGGAGGCACUCGUUCGAAAAUUUUACACAAAAAGAAUCAGAAAAAGUGCUGCAACGUUUAACUUUGAACUUGAAAACGAGAAUUGAUCCGUCAAACCAUUAACUUCGGAGACCACUUUUCAAAAUGGACGUAUGGAUAUAACAGGGAAAAAAAAAAAAAACAAAAAACAAUGGAACGACGGUUUAAUGACGACCCAAUUACAAAAAGAGCCUCUGGAGUAGAAGCGAAUGUAUGAUUAAGUUUUUUACUUUUUUUUGUUCUUUCAUUUUAGUUGGGAGGUAUAGAAAAAUUGAAUCCAUGGCAUAGAUGAUGUAAAGAAUUCGGGCGAGAUAAUUACACGACACCAGUGAGAUGAAUACUAUAGUAAUGUUAAUCUACGUCGUCCCGAUUUUUAAUUAUUGUUACCUAUUGUAUAAUAAGUUUUGAUGCCAAAAAUUAUUUUUAUUGUGCGUAUAUGUAGGUAAUGGGUAUGUAAAUAAUUAUUCUAUGUCAUAAAUUUAAAAGUUACGAGGUAUACAUGUUUUGAAAGAAAGAAAAAAAUGAUAAAUAUGAAUAAAGGAACGCAUAAAUGAAGAAAAUGAAAACCGGAAAUGUUAGAAAAGUUGUGUUAUUUUAUCAGGAAAACAUCGAAAAUUUUACUCAUAUAUUUACAGAUAAAAUGGAAUCUAGGCUCGUUGAGUCAAUCGUAGUUUAUGAAUAUUGAGUGACGUUUAUAAUUACAAUAUUUUUUUAUCUAUAAUUGUAUUACGUUUACGUUACGUCAAUAGAUGCAGCUUUUUUUUGUCCCUAGGUGAUAAUUAAGAGACUGUAAUUAUAAUUAUCGGUAAAUUAAAAAUAGAAAAGAAAAAAAUCAUAAAAGCAGUAUAUCAAAUUAAAUUGAACGAAUAAAGAAAAAUGCUUGUAAUGUUAUGUGAAAUUUUGAAUCUGUCCACUGAGUGGUUGCCGAUGACAAAAAUCUGUGUGCCUAUAUGUAUACAUAUUAGGGUGGGUCAAAAAAAACUUCUAUUUUUUUUUUUGAAUCUCACACAGAAAAACUUGUUGCUAGGUACCUUUAGAAAAGACACAGCCAGUAUGGGCUCUUAAUAUUAAUGGGAACAUCCCCCUCAUCAUCGAUUUCUAUUUUCAAUUCAGUUUGAUAUCCAAAAAGUCAUGUUUUAUCACCAAUAGCUUGUUAAGCCCGUACUAUGGUCAAUAUCUGUAGGGAAUUGAAUGCUCUACAAAAAUGGUCUUCUAUACUUUUUCGAUAAAUCUUACCAUUUCAAAAAUUGAAGAAUUUGAAGAAAAAUCACUUUUUCUUUCUGAAUUCUGUUACUGACUGAGUAAUAAUUAUUAUCGAAUGAUCUGCAUUAAUUCUUGUAGGGAAUUUAACGCUCUACAAAAAUGGUCUCUUAUACUUUUUCGAAUUUCCGAAUUUUUUUUUUUUUUCUCAUAUGUACUGCAUAUUGGAAUUCAAAUGGGAAUAUCUUCGAAAUGGUUCGAGUAAUCGAAAAAGUAUAAGAGACCAUUUUUGUAGAGCGUUAAAUUUCCUACAAUAAUCAAUGCAGAUCAUUUAAUAAUAAUUGUUACUCAGUCAGUAACAAAAUUCAGAAAGAAAAAGUGAUUUUUCUUUAAAUUCUUCAAUUUUUGGCCUUGAAUAUCUUUGAAAUGGUAAGAUUUAUCGAAAAAGUAUAAAAGACCAUUCUUGUAGAGCAUUCAAUUCCCUACAGAUAUUGACCAUAGUACGGGCUUAACAAGCUAUUGGUGAUAAAACAUGACUUUUUGGAUAUCAAACUGAAUUGAAAAUAGAAAUCGAUGAUGAGGAGGAUGUUCCCAUUAAUAUUAAGAGCCCAUACUGGCUGUGUCCUUUCUAAAGAUGAAAAAAUAGAAGUUUUUUUUGACCCACCCUAAUACAUAUACGAUAUAAGUAUAUUAUUCCGCAGUGAAAACCAAGUUUAGAUAAUAUACAUGUGUGGCAUUUCACGUCAAAUGGGCCAUUUUUUCAAAAACUUUUUUGAACUCGACGAAACUCAUGCAAUAUCUCCAGUAGUCUUAGCACCCGAAUGAGGAAGCCAAAUUGAUCUAUCCAAUCAAUUGAUCGAGUUAUCGCCAAUUUAUCGCUCCAAAUUGUGAGAAAUCAAGGAUAUCUUGAUAGAAAUUGUUCUCAACUUAAUUCAACUGAUGUAUUCGUGUUCCUUAGGAAGACGGUGUGACGUGUGGAUGGGAUGACGUCGGACUUAUUUUUAUAAAUGCGCCAAUUGCAAUACCUAAUUUCUUUAUUAUUCGUUUGUUCGUCCUUAUCCUAAACAUUCAGUCCCGUUCACACACACACUCACACUUUCUCCGGUGAACCGCCUGCCAAGAUCGCCAGUUAUCGUCGUCGAGCCGCAGGUUGUCCCUUGAUUGUCUAGCCUGGCAUUUGUUGUAAGUGUAUAAUUGUUUCGUCGGUUGAUAGUCCCUUGUUACCGUUUCGCUUUUAUGUCGUUGAUGAGUUUUAUUCACAAUCGUUUUUAAAUUGUGUUUAUAGUUUUUAAUGUUGUGUUGGCGUUAAACUAGUAGCGCACGUUGAUCUUUUUGCGUUAUUUAUUCACAUUCUUAUUAUUUCGUCGUUAUCGUUAUUUGUGCUUUACUAGUUACGUUUGGGCACCCUUAUCACCAGCAUCCGAGUUCACUUGUUCGGUGCUAAACGCCAACUGCCUGAUCACCUUGUUCACCCAAAGCGACAGCCUGGUGAUACCGCGUUCUUGUCUUCUUAUGUUUAUGUCCUUACAACGAAAACGUUUCGUCAACUUCAAAAAAUAUUUUGGAGAAAAUGGCCCGUUUGACGUAGAGUGCCCCAUCUGUGAAUUAUACUUGCAUAUAGGAAGACUAUGAUAUAAUCGAUUACAAGCGCUCGAAAAUUAUGACAUUCAAUUUGAUUACAAGUAAAUUAUUUAAUUUUAAUUAUUACAAUAAUAAAUAACUAAAUUAUAUACUGUCAAUAUGCUGUGUUAGAAAUUGCCUUCGACGAUUUCAUGUUAGAUAUCUGUAUAGUCCAAUGAGAUAAAGAAGAAUGAAAAAUAAGCAAGAAAAAACUAGCUAACAGGAAAAAUAAAUAAAUAGGCAUGUUAUAUGCAAA